AUGGCCUUCUUUGCCUAUCCCUGUGAUAAUGUCCCCCCCGUCUCAAAAGAAGAGUUCAGCUUGUUUCACACCAUCGACCGCAAGCUCUUCACGCGAUUGGUCUUCGGCCUCGGCCGUGACCCCGCCGAGUCGGCCCAAGUCAUGGCGCUGUGGAUGUGGUUGGAGCACAAUGGGAAGGAGUUUAACUUUGUUUACAAGACACUGAUGACUCUACCCAACACGCUUCUCAAUGCCAUGACCGAGGAGUCCGUUUUGGCUUUGAAGUGCAUUCAGAGCGAUGACUUCCCUCGUCCUAACCUUGACAUCACUACUGAUAUUCCUCUGCUCCAAGCAAUUAGCAAAAGUGGUGUCACCCUUAAAUUCUUCCAUGAUAAUCGAAUAGGGAUCAUGCGAGGCGUCUCUGUGCUGUUCAAAGACAUUUGCUUGAAAGCGUUUCAGGACUUGUUGCUUCAUCCUCACCAAGAGAGAAGAGUCGAUGCUAAUGUGUACAAUCCAACAAUGGGUGCUAUUGCUCCACAGGUUUGGAAUCCGGCAAUCAGUGGUGCAAGUCUUCGGAAUUUGGGUGGCGGUUUUGAUCCUUAUGACCUUUCAGUUCAGCGCGAGAUUUUGAACAAGGAAAUGGAGGAGGUUUUGAGCCGUUUGACUUUGAAUGACGAUGAAGAUGAUGGCCGUGGUGAAGAUCAAGAAGUUGAGCCCCAUGAGAGGACUAUUUUCUUGACAUUUUCUAAAGGGUACCCCAUUUCUGAAAAUGAAAUAAGAGAAUUUAUCACUAAAAAAUUUGGGGAUGUUAUUGAAGCGAUCUAUAUGCAAGAAGUCCUUUCUCAGCAACCAUUGUAUGCCCGGCUUGUGGUUCGUUCUGCUUCCUCCAUUCCGGUGGUUCUUGAGGGCCAAAACAAGGCCAAAUUCACCAUUAAAGGCAAGCAUGUUUGGGCGAGGAAAUAUGUGCACAAGACUCAAACAACUUCACCAUAA